AUGCCGGGACCCCAGAGCCCGGAGGCGACCGCCGGGCGACCUUUCCGCUGGGGAGCGCGCUCAGCCAGUUACGCCAGCGAGAGGCCACCCGGCUGGCCGGGAUCCAGGGCACCUGUUCCCGGGGGUACAGAAGUCUCCGUCCGGUCCUCAGUUUCCCCAGCCGCGGUGCGGCCCCGCCCUCCGCUCCGCCCCUUCCUGCGGAGCCGAGCGCGGGCGGCGCGCGAGAGAGCGGCGGGAGCGGGCGUGCAGAUCGCCGCGCGGGGAGAAGCCCCUUUAAGAGGCCCCUCCCACCGCUCCAUCAGCCGCGCCGCGGGCUCUCCGGGCAAGGCCAGGCCCGCGGCCGCUCGCAGGCCCGGGCCCGCAGCCGCCGCCGAGCGAGACGAACGCGGGCCCCCCACCAGCGUGGCGGCGCUGCGCUCCAACUUCGAGAGGAUCCGCAAGGGCCCCGGUCAGCCCGCGGCGGCGGCGGACACCGAGAAGCCCUUCUACGUGAACGUCGAGUUCCACCACGAGCGUGGCCUGGUGAAGGUCAACGACAAAGACGUGUCGGACCGCAUCAGCUCCCUGGGCAGCCAGGCCAUGCAGAUGGAGCGCAAGAAGUCGCAGCAGCAGGGCGCCGGGCCGGGCCCCGCGGACACCCCCAGGCCCUCGCAUCGUGGGCGCGCCUCCGAGGGCAGCGGCUGCGGCGGCCUCGACGGCGACUAUGAGGACGUCGAGCUGAACCCGCGCUUUCUGAGGGACAACCUGAUCAGCGGCAGCGGCAGCGGCGGCGGCAGGCCCCCGUGGCCGCCCCUGGAGCACCAGCCCUACCAGAGCAUCUACGUCGGGGGCAUGAUGGUGGAAGGGGAGGCCAAGGGCUCGCUGCAGCGCAGCCAGAGCACCUCGGAGCAGGAGAAGCGUCUUACCUGGCCGCGGAGGUCCUACUCCCCGCGGAGCUUCGAGGACAGCGGAGGCGGCUACACGCCGGACUGCAGCUCCAACGAGAACCUCACGUCCAGUGAGGAGGACUUCUCCUCUGGCCAGUCCAGCCGCGUGUCCCCGAGCCCCACCACCUACCGGCCGUUCCGGGACAAGAGCCGCUCGCCCUCGCAGAACUCCCAGCAGUCCUUUGACAGCAGCAGUCCCCCGACGCCCCAGUGCCAGAAGCGGCACCGCCAGGGCCCCGUCGUCGUGUCGGAGGCCACCAUCGUGGGUGUCCGCAAGACGGGGCAGAUCUGGCCUAGUGAUGGGGACAGCUUGUCCGGCAAGCUGCCUCAGGACGCAGACGCAGGUAAGUGCCUCUGCGAGCCUGCUGGGCACACCCGAGAGGCCGGGGUGCAGGGCAGGUAGGUACUUUGUGGAAU